CCCGGGCUAUUGUGCGCACGGGAGGGAGUGAGGGAGGGCAAUCCGUGCCAAACCGGGCCUAUUGGCUGGCCGCUGCCUGGGAAAGCGGUAUUAUCUUUUCAUGCUAAUAGACGAGGUCACUCGUGUUGUUCGGGCCAACGGGGACGGACGGACGGACGGCGGUGUCGUCCAAGUAGCUAUGCCCGGUGGACGGUAGCAUGGGAGUCGGCAGGAAGCUCGUGUCCGCUGCAUUUUGACUCACGCCCGCACCGAAGCCACCGAGUCGGUGAGCAGCGUCCGUCAUGGGGAAGGAGGUGAACGGCGUUUCCCGGAGCCGUUUUGAGAUGUUCACAAACAGCGACGAGGCAGUCAUCAAUAAGAAGCUACCUAAGGAGCUGUUGCUGCGAAUCUUCUCAUUUCUGGAUGUGGUGACGCUGUGUCGCUGUGCUCAAGUUUCACGAUCCUGGAAUGUCCUGGCGCUGGACGGCAGCAACUGGCAGCGGAUCGACCUCUUUAACUUCCAGCGGGACAUCGAGGGUCGGGUGGUGGAGAACAUCUCAAAGCGAUGCGGGGGCUUCCUGAGGAAGCUGAGCCUGCGGGGGUGCCUCGGCGUGGGCGACAGUGCCCUGAGGACGUUCUCUCAGAACUGCAGGAACAUUGAGCUGCUCAGUUUGAACGGCUGCACCAAGAUCACGGACAGCACCUGUAACAGCCUGAGCAAGUUCUGCCCAAAACUAAAGCACCUGGACCUCACCUCGUGUACCUCAAUCACCAACCUGUCACUCAAAGCUCUCAGUGAGGGCUGUCCACUGUUGGAGCAGCUCAACAUCUCCUGGUGUGAUCAGGUCACCAAAGACGGCAUCCAGGCUCUGGUUCGGUGCUGUCCUGGACUCAAGGGCCUUUUUCUCAAAGGCUGCACACAGCUGGAGGAUGAGGCACUGAAGCAUAUUGGGGCGCACUGUCCUGAGUUGGUCACGCUCAACCUGCAGACAUGCUCUCAGAUCACAGACGAAGGCCUCAUCACCAUCUGCCGGGGUUGUCACCGUCUUCAGUCGCUCUGCGUGUCGGGCUGCGCCAACAUAACAGACGCCAUCUUGCACGCGCUCGGACAGAACUGCCCACGCCUAAGAAUAUUAGAAGUGGCUCGCUGCUCUCAACUUACAGACGUGGGCUUCAUAACAUUAGCGAGGAAUUGUCACGAGCUUGAGAAGAUGGAUUUAGAAGAAUGUGUCCAGAUCACAGAUGGAACACUUACACAGCUGUCAAUAUACUGCCCUCGCUUGCAAGUUCUGAGUCUCUCCCACUGCGAGCUCAUCACCGAUGACGGCAUCCGGCACCUGGGCAGCGGGCCUUGCGCUCACGACCGGCUGGAGGUGAUCGAGCUGGACAACUGCCCCCUGAUCACGGACGCCUCGCUGGAACACCUGAAGAGCUGCCACAGCCUGGACCGCAUCGAGCUCUACGACUGCCAGCAGAUCACUCGCGCCGGCAUCAAGAGGCUCCGGACCCACCUGCCUAACAUCAAAGUGCACGCCUACUUCGCCCCCGUGACUCCGCCCCCUUCGGUGGGGGGCAGCCGCCAGAGGUUUUGCCGCUGCUGCGUCCUGCUAUGAUGUAAAAGACGUCCGCCGCCUUCCUUCUUUCACGUGUCACUGGUGUUACACGUUUCCUAUUCCCUGACCCUGGGGGCUUAGCCCAAUCAAGCAGUACAUGGCCAUGUGUCCCCUGACCCCCCCCCCCCCCC